AUGAAGGGCAGGCCUGAAGACAGGCUUAGGCCCCUCCACACCACACACAUGGCCUGCUACGACCUCUGCCGCCCCUGCGGACCCACCCCGCUGGCCAACAGCUGCAACGAGCCCUGUGUCAGGCAGUGCGAGGACUCCCGCGUCGUCAUCCAGCCUUCCACCAGCACCGCCGUCGGAUCCUCCUCAUCGGCUGCCGUGGGCAACGUCCUCAGCUCCCAGGGAGUGCCCAUCUCCUCUGGCGGAUUCGGCUACGGCCUUGGCUACGGCUUCGGAGGCCUGGGCUGCUACGGCGGCGGAAGGGGCUGCAACAUCUGCUAA